CCACCACGCGAGUAGUACUAGUACACCGCUGCGACUGCGAGCCAGCCAAGGAAAAGAAUGUUCUUGGAUCCCUCUGCCCUGCCACAACAUUCCUAGUCCCCCACCCUGGGUCUGCCCCCAUAAACAAACCCAGAAACCUCCUCCCAGUCCCCCCUACUCCCCCAGUCCUCCUCACUCACCGGCGGCAGCGCUGCCUAUCGACUUUUCCUUGACGGAGUCGGGAUCUUGCGCGGGAGAAUCCAAGGGAGUGUUCUUGCGUUGAGGAGUAAUUCGGUGGGUGGGUCUAGGUACCAGGAUUCUUCAAAAGGUCCGUUCUUUACGUUUCCAGAGGGGUUGCUUUUGUUUCGAGGAAUUCUGGGGAGGGUUGUGGAUCAGCGGUAGAUGCUCAACCUCGUGUCGGCGUUCCGCGUAAUCCGGAUGCUCUUCGAUUCCCAAAUCGUAGCGCCUGCCUGGAGGAUCGUCUUCGUUACUUUCUCGAGGAUUUGGGUCUAGGGUUGUCGGAGAAGCUGGAAUCUUUCUGCCUUUGAUCCCAAGGAACCUCACCGGCUGGCCCGUUGAUGCCGUGUGGCCUCCGCUGGGAAUCGGGACUUCUGACAUGGCCUGUCUGAAGCUGGGAUCAAGGGCCGAUGUGUUCAGGAAGCAGGGCCAAGACUGGUAUUGCACAACUGGUCUUCCUAGUGAUAUUACUGUGGUAGUUGGGGAACCAUCUUUUCAUCUCCACAAGUUUCCUCUAUUAUCAAAGAGUGGCCUUUUGGAACGUCUCAUUAGAGAGAAAAUUGAGAAGGGAGAAGAUAGCUGUGUCAUCGACCUAUCUGAUAUUCCUGGUGGAGCAAAGGCUUUUGAACUAGCUGCUAGGUUCUGCUAUGGUGUGAAGUUUGAAUUGACUUCCUCCAAUGUUGUGCACCUUCGCUGCGCUGCUGAGUAUCUCGAGAUGACUGAAGACAUUGCCGAGGGAAACUUGAUUGCACAGACUGAGAACUUCCUUACCCAAACAGUCCUCAAAAGCUGGAAAGAUUCAAUCAAGGCACUUCAUACUUGCGAUGGUGUCAUUGAUCUUGCUGAAAAAUUGCAAGUUGUAAAGAGGUGCAUCGACUCGGUUGCAACGAAAUCAUGUACUGAUCCGGAUGUAUUUGGUUGGCCAGUCUUGCAGUAUGGUGGUCCCACACAGAGUCCUGGAGGGAGCUUCUUGUGGAAUGGUAUUAGCACUGGAGCAAGGCCAAUAAAUUGCAGUUCAGAUUGGUGGUAUGAUGAUGUUUCGUGCUUAAGUCUUCCAUUGUACAAGAAGGUAAUCUCAGCCAUGGAAUACCGAGGCAUCAAUCAGGACAUUAUCGUUGGAUCCCUUAACCAUUAUGCCAAGAGGCGUUUACCUGGUCUAAAUCGGCGUAAAAGCAUUGGUGAUGUCAGCAGCUGCCUUUCAGCGACAACUUUAACAGCCAUGCCUUCUGAAGAGGAGCAGAAGUAUCUUCUUGAGGAGAUUGAUAGACUGUUGCCUUUUCAAAGGGAUGUUACAUCUUGCAAGCUGUUGUUUGGCCUUUUGCGCACAGCGAUCAUUCUUAAAGCCAGCUCCUCCUGUGUAUCUAACUUGGAGCGACGGAUAGGUUUGCAGCUUGACAAGGCCACUCUGGAAGAUCUUCUGAUAACAAACAUGUCUGAAGUUGAUGAAGCGCUCUAUGAUGUGGAUUGCGUCCAUAGGAUUCUUGGACACUUCUUGGCAAUGGAUCAAGAAACUGGUGGAGCUUCCCCUGGCCUUGGCGACGAUGGGCAACUAUUAGCUUCUCCAUCUCUAAUGCCGGUAACUAUGGUUGCUAAGUUGAUUGAUGGCUACCUAGCUGAAGUUGCGCCAGAUGCCAACCUAAAGUUGCCAAAGUUUAAGUCUUUGGCUGCUGCCAUACCAGAUUAUGCUCGGCCAAUAGAUGAUGGACUUUAUCGUGCUGUUGACAUCUAUCUGAAGGCGCAUCCCCAUCUCCCGGAGUCAGAGAAGGAAGAACUUUGCCAUGUGAUGGACUGCCAGAAACUCUCCCUGGAGGCUUGCACCCACGCAGCUCAGAAUGAGCGUCUCCCUCUGCGUGUCAUCGUGCAGGUACUCUUCUUUGAGCAGCUCCAGCUUCGGAGCUCCAUCGCCGAGUGCCUCAUGAUCUCCGAGAACCUCGAGGGUGGCUCGAGGCAGCUUGGCCUGCCAAUCUCUAGUGAACAACAUCAUGGCGUCGGCUGGCCCCUAGGUGCCAGGGAGAACCAGGCCCUGCGUGAUGGCAUGGACGGCAUGAAGCAGCGGGUGGCCGAGCUGGAGAAGGAGUGCUCCACCAUGAGAGAGGAGAUAGCGAGGCUGGGCCGCAGCAAAAGUGUCGGGAAGAGCAGGCUGUUCUUCCUCGGUCUUGGUGGCACGAAGCCGCAGAUCUGCAGCACCAAGGAUGCUGCUCCCGCAACGACGACAACAGCGGCGAGCGACGACGAAAAGCUGGCUGUGGUGAAGGCUGAUGCCACACCACGGCUGAAGCUCAGCAGACCCAAGAAAAACCUGUCCAUAGAGGCCUAGCUCCAUCGUCUGUCGAACCUGAUCACUUCAGAAAUGAGUUGCUUUUUUGCCUGUGAACCUGUUACUUGUUAGAUGCUUUUUACAUACCACCACCUGUGAAUGGAUGGACUGAAAGACACCUGAUUAUAAGUUUUUGACAGCCGACAAGUACAAUAUAUUGCGAGUGCAUUAGCCAUGAUGACAACUGUUUUUCAUGCCUC